AUUUACCAUUUUCGGUAACAGCAAUUUGCAUUAAAAUCUUAUACAUAAUUCGGACACGUAGUUGUACUAGUAAGGAGAAAUUACCGACACUUCUAUAUCUGACAGUUAACCUGUUUUCAGGUCUCCUCACUGUGUCUUGUCAAGAUCUAUAUUCAAGACAUUAUAUGCUUGCACCAAGCCCAAAGGAAGAUAAAAUUUGAAAUAUCAUUCAUCAAAUAGUCAAAGGACUAAUGUGAUAAAAUACAGUCUGUUGUUCCAGGUUUGGUAAUGCGGUUUAAUUGAAAAUUGGAAGAUGCCAGUGGCCCGAAAAUACCACCGAUUACACGUGAUAGAUUAAUGACAAAAUAGACAUUUGGCAAGUGCGACGAGUGAAGCCACAUUGGGGCCCAUGUGUGAGGAUGUCUUGUGAUGAAGCCAGCAACUUCGAUGACGAAAGUGAAGUGCUAUCAGAUGUGCACAUCUUCACCGCUAACGAGCCAUUUGCCGCCUGCUCAUCAUCAGCCUGCACAGAAAAGGGCAUGCUGUCUAGUUUCCACUACUCGCGACCUGUUUUGUGCAACUAUGGUAGCGAGACUCAUUCAGAGAGGAUGCCAUCACUGGAAGCAGAGGUAGACGAGGAUGGAGAUUUCAUUGUAGUGCGCAAGGACCAACAGACAACAAAUCGAAAAAAGGGAUACGUAGUGAUAGAGCAUUCCAUGGCCACACCUCUUCAACAUGUUGGAUUACAGGUGUGGCGAGGAGCCUUGCUACUUGCUGACUACGUGAUGGCAAAACCGGACAUGUUCGCUGGCCGCGUCGCUAUAGAGCUUGGUGCUGGGACAGGACUCGUGUCUAUCGUGCUCGCCAUGGUGGCCAAGAUGGUUUUCUGCACAGAUACUGGUGAGGAGGUGCUUCGAUUAUGUCAGAGGAACAUCGUGCGCAAUUCGCAGCUGGUGCCACAAGAGAAUCGCGUUGCUGUAAAAGAGCUCAACUGGCAAGAAGAGGUUGCGUCGAAAGCCGCAGAGUCUGCCGAGGUUGGCCCGUUUUUCUGGAGUCGGGAGGAGAUUGCGCAGCUCUACAGAGCCGACGUGAUACUCGCCGCUGAUGUCGUGUACGACGAUGACCUGACCGAUGCGUUUUUCAAGACGGCGUACGACUUGAUGAGCUGCCUGCCUUCGAAAACCGUUCUCAUCUCUGUCGAAAAACGUCUGAACUUCACGCUGUCUAAUCUGGAGGUGGGGUCGCCCGCCUACCAGCACUUUCAAACAUGUCUGGAAGAGCUGUCCCACUACGCCACCGACACGGUAUCUUUCAGCGUCGACCAAGUGCCAACCGACUUUCCACAGAUUUUUUCGUACGACAGAGUGAAGUUUCUGGAGCUGUGGAAGGUUACGUCCCAUCACAGGGCCGAAGGAGCCUGCAAAUAGAAAACUUCGCACUUAUCUUUGCCACAUGUGCGUGUGCGUAUGUGUGCGUGUAAAUAAUAUCAGGAGUGAAUAAUAAUAGAGUGAAUAAUAAUAGAUUUAUCAUACUAAUACCUGAUAAUAUCAUUGGUUAUGGUGAGCCAGAGAAAAAAAACACAAGUUACUAAGAUUAUUAAAAAGUGAAAAGAUAUAGUUAUUUAUUUAAAGUUGGUUAGUAUGUAAACAUUGCAUAUGGUGUACGACUUGCCUUUGACACUAGGCGAAUCAAAGUGCAAUUUCGUAAAAGGGGGCAUGAUUAGAUUGCUUGCGUCGUCAAGCCUUUUUGGCAUUCAUACCAACAUUUAUAAUUCUCAGAUUACAUCUGAAUCGAAUACAUACAAAGGCACAGUUUAGGUUGACUAUAACCCACCUAAGCCUACCUUCACUAUCACAUAUAUGACUGUGACAGUGGCAGCCGUUUUAUAACACAUUAAAAGAACGUAAUAUACGUUUAAGUCACCAGUGC